AUGCCCUCUUACUCUGCCAUCCUCCUAUCGGUCCUCGUACCCGCUCUCACUAUGGCUGCCCCCCAUCAGCCACAGGAGCGAGCGGGAGGCGCCAUCGGGGACGUCUUUGCUGGUGCUCCCAUCAGCAACAUCGUUGUCAAGGCAGACAAUGUCGCUCAGUGCCAGACCGCAUAUAUCAGCUGGACGGGAGCCAAUGACCCAGUCUCCCUCUUCAUCGCCCUCGGUGGACUUUACGUCGGCGAGACCCCCGUAACGACCCUCUCCGAGAUCAGCGGCGGAAGCACCACCUGGCUCGUCAAUCAGCCUGCCGGCAAGACGCUCGAGUUCCGCGUCACCGACGCCAAGGGCAGCGUCGCGUACAUCCAGAACAUCAAGGUCGGGGCGGGGGACAGCUGGUGUUUAGGCGGUACAGCGGCAGGCUCAAGUAGCGCGGGGGGCAGUGCGAGCCCAAGCUCGAGCGCGUGGGUCAGCCCAUUCCCAGCGGCGUGGAGCGAGAGUCCCAGCCCUAGUGCGGUGUGGUCCGAGGCAGAGCAGAACACAGCUGCUGCGACUACCGAUUCACCUGCUCCUCGUGUCGCGGCAGCAACCAGCUCAACUACCCCCUCCUUCUCUUCCACCACUGCGAGAACCACCUCAACAUCACGCUCCUCCAUCUCAACAUCCGCCUCGACCUUCACCUCCAUGACUGUCCCCACAUCGAGCACAUCUACCACGCCCAGCGCGACUCUCGCCGGCGCAGGUGCCGCAGCGUCCGCCAGCCGGACUGGCGGCGCCUCGAGGGUCAAUCUGGCUGGUUCAGGCGCCGCAGCGGUGCUCGCCGCCGGGGCGAUGAUUCUGGGCCUGGCGAUUUGA